GUCAACAGCUGUAGUCUAAAGCUGCAGCCUGUGAGUGGGGACUUAAAAGUAGGACACAGCAGUGUGGCCUGUUUCCCCUGUACCACAGGCAGGACUCACCACAGAGAAGACUCUUUUUGGCUGCCGCGGACAGAUCCACAGGGAGAUUCAUAUUUUAUUUCUCAUCGAACAGUGAGUGGAGGACUAAAACCAUGCACAAACGCACUAAAAUCAGGAUCGCCAUCUUCAUUCUGAUGGUGGGGAUGGCGUGCAUGUUCACGGCGGUGGUGACGGACUACUGGGCUGUACUCAGUCCCAGAGUGGAGGUGGCCAACACGACCUGUGAGGCAGCGCACUUCGGCCUCUGGAGGCUCUGUAAGAAGCAUGUGUACAUCAGCCAGGAAAUCUUCCAACAGGGGAAGGCCUGUGGACCCAUCAGCCUGCCUGGGGAGGAGAACUGCACGUACUUUGGACACUUCACCCCUGGAAAAGACGCAGAGAUAUUUGAAUACAAAACACAAAAAGAAUACAACAUCUCAGCUGCAGCCAUUUCCAUCUUCAGUCUGGCCUUCAUGAUCCUGGGCUCUCUGGCUUUGUUAUGUUCGUGCACCGGUCAGAAAAAACGUGAUUAUCUCCUCAAACCUGCGGGCAUGUUCUUUGCAUUUGCAGGCCUGUGUGCGUUCAUCUCCCUGGAGGUAAUGCGACAGUCAGUCAAACGCAUGAUCGAGAGCGAGGAGACCAUUUGGAUGGAGUACCACUACGGCUGGUCCUUCGCCUGCGCCUGCUCUGGCUUCGUCCUCCUCUUCCUCACCGGGAUAGCCCUCCUCGUCCUUUCCAUGCCCCAGAUGCCCCGCAAUCCGUGGGAGACCUGUAUGGAUGCUGAGCCCGAACAAGUGGAGUGAUUCAUAACAUAGGCUCUGUCACUGUAGGUUACAAAUAGAAAUGAAUGCCCUUGAGACGCCCAAUAAAAAUGUUUGGGAUAUCAGGGCUAAAUUUGACAAGCGGCCUGUACCAUCAAAGGACAAAUGCAUUUUUAUUAUCAUUUUAUGAAUUAAGGAGUAUUAAGGAGUACUGUAUAAUAUAUCAAACUGUACAUAUUUUUGUAUGUUAUGACUUUGAACUUUGAAGUGAAUGGUGAAACUGAAUAAUAAACUGCCAAAUAGUGACCUGGAGUGUUAGGUUCAGUACAGCUUAUAAAUGACAACCAUCCAAACACUACAGUCGAACAUUUGUACCUCACACAAAGCAGAUGAAAUAGUCUUUUUAACCCCAAACAUAUAAACAGAAGACAUAAAAUAUAUGAAGUAAGAUAUAUGAAAUUAUGUAGCAAGAACAAAAGUUAAAUGAGUGCUAAUUAUUAUUAUUAUUUUUAUAUUUUAUAUUCAAAUCCACCCCUUGCUUUGUCAGAAAAAAUACAAAUAAAAAUCUUUACUAAAUAAUUCCAUACAUCUUGCUUCAUAUAUUUGAUGUCUUCUGUAUGUAUAUAAAAUGUAGAAAGUAGCAAACAUAAAGAAAAAGCACAUUGAAUGACAGGGUGUGUCUACACUUUUGACUGGAAAUGUAUGUUUAAACACCUGUCAAGUGUUUGGGCACACUCUUUUAUUCAAUGUUUUAUUAUUAUUUUUAUGAAAUAUGGAAUUAUAUAGCAAAGAAAACAACUUAAAUAACACUAAUAUUAAAGAUUUUUCAGCAAAGCAAAGGGUGGCUACUUUGAUUGAUUGAAUAUAAAAUAUAUAUUUAAAAAAAACAUAUAACAGAUAUUUAACUUUUUUUAAACUAUUUAACUUUUUAAAAUUGAUGUCUUCUUUAUGCAUCUAAAAUGUAGAAAGCAGUAAAAAAAAUAAACACAUUGAAUAAGAGGGUGAAUCCAAAUUUUGACUGGUAGCAUAUCCAGGUUUAAAACAAGUCAUGCUACACAUUGGAUUUAUGAGUUUACUCACAUUUGAGGUCAAUCACUAGAACCAGGUUUUUAUAGUUAACACUGCGUUGCUUACAAUAGCUUUGGUGUGCUGGUUUGAGCUAUGAAUUUGUAAUAAAAGUGUUUGUUGAUAAAUAAACGAUUCCUUGGGGAGUGCUAAAGUCUGACGGUUUGAAAAUGCUUCAAUUCAUCAACACAAAAGGAAAUGGCGGCUAAUGAAAUAGACUGAGGCAGUUUUCAAUAAAAACACUUUAAUAAAGAAACAAUAAAAAAGAAAAAAAAUAUCUUUUUGAAACACAGAGUAAAUCCUUUAUAACCACCACUGAUUGAUUCCUCAUCAUUGGGUGAAAACAUCUUUCAGAGAAAGUGGGCUAGUUUACUGCAACAGAAGAGGCAGGGAAAGAAAGGAAAGGACAGAUGUGGCCAGAACGCUGUGCUCCCUAAUUGCCAGAGGUUUCUCCCAUUAACUUUUAAAGGCAACUGAAGUUCACCAGCUCCUGUCUGAAAGUAGAAAUGCAGCUGACAAAAAUCCCUUUAAAAUGUCUUUGGCUCAAUCUCUUCUGCUUCCAAAAUAAAUACAAAGAAGCAAUGUAUUAUUAGUAUUGCACGACUUCAGAAAUUAGCCAAUGACACGCUUUUGUGGUACUCGCAAAACAUCAGGGAGCAACCUCAGCCUUCCCGCUGCGUGACAGAAAGAACUUACAGACAAGUACAUACGCUCUAAAUAUUUGUAAAAUAUUAUAGUAUUUUUGCUGAUAAUGUCACAGAUUUAUACAUAAUAUACUAAAAGAUUUGACUCUGUUAAAUCAAAGUGUUUUUUUUCUAAAUUUCUUUUCUUUCAAAUCAAUACAAACUGAUAAAACAACUUAAAACCAGCCAUUUUCAACAUGCAUGAAAAAAAAAAAAAACUUUUAAAAGAAAAGAACUGAUUGUUUCAUAGCCGUGAACUUCAGACAAAAACAAAACGACAAAUUCAUAAAGAUAGCUAAAUAGAACUAUUGUACAGUGAAGGAACUCAUACAGGUGCAACAGAAAAUCUCCUCCAGACGCCGUUUAAAAACACAGGUGUGGGUACAGUCCACUUCUAGAAUUAUUUUUUUUCUUAAUUUGCAUAAUUAAAAAGGGGUGUCACCCCAUCGCUUUCAAACAUUUCUACAAAAUGGAGGUGCUCCCAAAGUUCAGGUUGUCUAGAAAAUGCAUAUGUACAAGGUGUUGUUUUCUGCCAAGUCCUAAAUCUGGAUUAAGCUAUGCCUCGCCCACCAUGUUAAAUAUUUAGAUUAUUUGAAGGGUCAAAAAUCUUCAAUGGACUUUUGAUUUAUGAACCACAAAAUAAUUUGACAAUAUGCACCCUUUGUUAGCACACACCGUUACACCAUCUACCUAACAUUCCCUUUCCUUUUUUCAGCACAAAACCUGACAUGUUUGUUUAAAACUCUUUUAGUCAAAUGUCAACUGCCGCAAAA